UGAAUCCGCGCGUAAAGUUAGAGCCCACAUAAUACCAAUUUAUUAACAGGUAUUAAACACCAGGUUUUUAUUGACAAAUGUAUAGCAUUUAAAGAAAUAUUAGGCAAAGUAUGCAUCGGUUUAUGAGGAGCAAGAGCAGCUUGGAAUUCAGUGCCUCAUUUGUUGACGUGCGUGCGAACCAUUCAACUGUAUUCUUCCGCAAUCGCCGUAAAGUUGGUGCGAGAGCCUGACUAAUCGUAGAAUCAGGCCAAAAAUUACCGACUUCUUACGCUAAAAGUUGCUCGAUUACGGGGCCAAAUCCUUCUGUUCCAGGACCACUGGGAGCAGCAACGCCUAACAUAGUCGCUAUGAGCGUCUGAUCUUUGUGACUGUUAGAGAAAGCAGCCGAACACUUCAUUAUCCACCCCGUCAGUGCUGUAUGAGCAACCAGCGACCCGUGGGGAAAGCAUGCAACAAAACCAUGGCAAACGGGGUCGGUCGAGGGGCUCCGCGAGGGGUGGUCGCAUGGGGAGUCGAGGUCCCCCACCGAUGCAGCACGCUCCAAUCCAGAGGGAGGUAUUGCAAGGCAUCUAUACCAAUGAGCGCUUCACCCAUGUUGGUGCAUCACUCAUGGGGUGCCAAGUACAGGUUCAAGUGAAGAGCAAAAAGAUCUACGAGGGCAUUCUGUGUACCAUCUCGCCACAGGCUGAAACUGUCCUGGAGGCAGCUCACAUGCUGAACCAAGGUGGAGACAAUGCUGACAGCGUCCCCAUCCUCAACAAGAUUGAGUUCAAGGCCUCCAACAUUGUCUGCAUAACAGCCAAGCAUGUGGACCUGGAGUAUGGAGUUAGAGACAACGAAGAUUCCUUUGUGACUGACGCUGAGAUAGCCAGGCGGCAGAAUGGUCAGGCAGGAGAACGAGAGCUGAAGGAGUGGCAGGGAUCCCCAUUGGAAGAGGACAUGUCCUUGGAACCCUCUGCUGGAGAUGGGCAUGCCAAUGGUUGGAGUGCUGAAGAAAUGUUUAAGACAAAUGAAGCAAGAUAUGGAGUGAAGUCAUCAUAUGAUGAUUCUCUGCCUGAAUACACAACCAGCAUCGACCAGUCCAACCCCAAGGUCUUCCAGGAAAGGAAAGAGAAAGCCGAUAGAUGGGCCAGGGAAAUCGAAGGCUCGGCGCGGUCUGAGUCUGAUGACAUCACAGAAGAAGAAAAAUUCAGCGCAGUCAGCAGGAGUAGCGAAAACACAGGCACUACUAGGUAUAUACCGCCCCCUAUGAGGGAAGGCUCACGAGGACAUUCACCUCAACAUGGCCCUCCUCAGAGGAGACCUCAGGGUCCUAUGCCCCGAUUACCUGGUCAAGGACGACCUCAGAUGACCUCUCCACAUCAUGGCCAGCCCGCACAACACCCUGCUACGCAGGCACAGGGUCACCCCCACGCCCAAUCACACCCCCCGCACCAGCCCGUGGGGCAGCAGCAGCCGCCGCUGUCGGGACACAUGUAUCCUAGUGUGCAGACCCGCUUGGCCCAGCCUGGGCCACAGCAUCAGCACCAGCAACAGCAGCAGCAGGUGCCCCAGCAAUCACAACAGGCGUUAUCGCCACACCAGUUACAGGCAACAUCAUCUCAUCAAUCACAACCUCUUCAACAGCAGCAGCAGCAGCCACAGCAGCCGCAACCCCCACUGCCGCAGCAGCAACAGCAGCAAGCACCCCCGCAGAAACAUUAUUCAGCAGUCCCCCAGCCCCCGGCGCAUGUACAUGGCAAUCCCCGUCCACCACCUCCUCAACACCAGGUCCAGACUCCGCCCAGGGGCCAACCGCCAACUCAGACAUCUCCAUGCCCCCCAGGUUUUGGGAGUCAGUCUCCGAGGUCGUCACCACUUCCAAAUGUAGAUCCAGCGUCGCCAAAUGUCAGAGAGGAGAAGGUUCCUGCAACAGUCAGUGAAGAACGUCAGCCGUCAUUAGAUGACAGUAACAGUAGGAAAACUGACCCUAGUACAGUAGACAGAACGGCAGACAGCACUACAGUCUCGCCGGAAAAGACACACAAAAAUGUACAAGAAAAGACAAUAGCUGAUUUAAAAGAGUUCAGUAGUUCAUUUAAUUUAGAGGGAAAACCAACAGAAGAGGAAGCUGCAAGUAUACCCAGCACACAGCCUGCUGCUGCUGCCGCUGCUGCUGCCGCCGCUGUUGCCUCUGCAGACACCAAGCAGGGAACAGCAGAGAAUACAACGCCAACAGUGCCAGCGGCAACGGAGGAGAGGGACGCUAAGGAGACCGAAACCAGUUCUGGGAAGUCAUCGCCCACACAGCCUAGCAAGGAGAAAGAGAUACAGCUCAAUCCCCUAGCCAAGCCAUUUGUUCCAACAGCAGCUGUGACAUCACAGAGAGGUAUGCCAACUAAGACGCCCACUCCACCAAGGCCACAGUCCAUUAGCCCCAGUUCCAUCAUACUGCAGCACCCCAACCAGUUUGCCCAGCCCAUGGGAGGCAGCUACAUCCUGUCCAGCGGCCAGACUUACCCGGGCACCUUCCCGAUGUCUCAGCAGACGGCGGUGGCCCAGGCCCAGGCACAGGCCGCUCACAUGGGGCCCAAGAUGAUGGCCAAAAAGGGUUUCCAGUAUGCCAGCUCAGCCACCAACAUGCCCAGGCCGCAGCCGCCAACAGACCUACCUACCCAUGUCAUUCCUCCCUCGGUGGCAGCUGGCCAGCCUCUGGUCUCCCCCAUGGGCUUCCAGCAUCACCCUGGGCAGAUGAUACCCUUCCAAACUCAGCAGGGUAUACCGGGGCCCAUUACUGGCCAACAGAUGCUCCCUCAACCUGGUCAUUAUCAAAUGUAUCCAAAGCAUCCUCAUGCAGUUCCAUUCAGGCAAAUGCAGCCUCAGCCCAGCAUUCAAGGCAUAGCUCACCCCCAACCUACACCUCAUAUACAUCCACUGUCAGAGACGAACAUGCAGGGCACCUCCCCAGUAUUAGUUUCCGGCACACCACUGCAAGCCCAAGGAGGGCAGGUGCAGCCACAAAUACAUACUCAGUAUCAACAUCAAUCAGCCCAGCAACAACAGCAGCAACAGCAGCAUGCACCGCAACCAAGCCAGCAGCAUCAACAGCAGCAGCAACAACAGCCGCCGCACCAUCACCAUCCCCAGCCUGUGGUGCACCUGUCACAGCAACAACAGCAGCAACAACAGCAGCAGCAGCAGCAGCAUCAACACCCCCACGCCCAACCUCACAGCACCCCACCCCAGCAGCAGAGUCACGGCUCCCAACCCUCUCCCAUGGCACAGCCUGCCCAACAGCAACAGCAGCAGCAACAGCACCGGCCGACCCCGAGUCCGGUCCACCACAUGCCUCUGCCGCAGCACCAAGGACACCAGCCACCCCACGCCGUGUCACAGCCCCAUCACCUCCAGCCUCAACCGCAGCAGAUAGUCUACAACGCGGCCCCCAUGCAACAGGGUCACCCACACAUGGCGGCACAGUCCAGCCAGAUGCAGCAGUUUGGUGGUCCGCACCAGCAGUACGUGUCCCAAUACAUCACCUCCACACCCCCAGCCACAAACAUCACCAGCGUGACCCAGCUGCACGCCCAUCCACACCCACAUCCCACGCAGGCAAACGUAACGUUAGUACCCCAACCUGGACAAGCCAUGAACCACAUGGUGGCCAAUCCAGGCCCCUUUCAAACACACAUACUGGCGCAAACACAAGCGAUGGGACAGGCUCAUGGCCAGGUACCAGCUUACCAACACGGCAACUGAGAACAAGCCAUGUCAUCAGAUGGCUUCUGAAAUAUAAUGCUUUUUAUACUCCAAAGGACGGCGAGGACCACGUAGGAGAAAUCGGCACUUGAUUGCAAAGCUAAACUGUAUUCUUACAGUCAUCAAAGCUGCUCAAAUUUCAAAAAGUAACCUUUGACCGAGGGACUUUUUUUAAACAAAAAAAAAGCUUCUAAAUGCUGUUUUUUAACUUUAUUAUUGAUCGCAUUUUGGGGGAGACCUACCUCAAAUUUGAAACGGAGAAAACAAAUUUCAUUUGAGAUUUUUGUUUUAGAAAAUGAUAAACAUGAAUUUCAGAAGCCAAAUAUUUCAUGACAAUUCGGUAUGAGGCAGUCAUCUAAAAUGAUGUUAAUAGCUACGAACAAUGCAGUGCAAAUUUUUAUUUUCAAGUUACAAGAUGGUUCAAUCUUCUUGAAAGCUUCAAGGCAGGAUUGUAAAGGCGUAUUUGCCACUGGAAAUAAAACUCUACAUCGAUUGCUAGUAUAUUGUCAAAUACUUAAUGUUGCAGUGAUCCUUAAAAUGACUAAUCAAAUAAUGUAAUGCCACUUACUGUAGAAAUCCUUUCUUAAUUGGACUGCAUAUGGACACAAACUUCCCAUUGUUGGCCUUAAGUUCUGUGGAUAUGAAGUAGUGAUGGUGAGAGAGCAUGGGAUUGUUCUAAAUGCGCUGAUUUUUUUCCCCAAGUUCUGUCAGAGCUUAACCUAAACUAUUCAAAUUGGAUGAUGAGACCUCGUUUUUUUUUUAAAACACUGAUGCCGUUAAGUCUUUUAGCUCUUGAUGCGAUUACAGAAACCACAAAUAGGCGUGGAUGCAGUGUUUUAUUUUUAUUUUUUUUGAAUGGCAAUCCAGGCCUGGGGCAAAGCAAAGACAUUUUGACAUGUUUUUAAGUAAUUUUUUUUUGUUUUAAUGCAAAUGUGUGAGAUGGAGUGUUUUGAGCCAAAACUUGAGAGAGUGAAUGCUGCUGCGUGAGUGUGAGUGCGAGUGUAGAAUAAAAACAGAGGAAACAUAACUGACUGAGACUACAUGGAGUAUUGAAUUCAAGAAACUAUUAAUGAGAACAUUCAGAAUUUUAAAAACUGAUCAUCUUUCUGUGGUUUUUGUUUAAAAGUGUCAAAUUUGGACUUGACUUUAUAUAGAUCCCUAAACUAGAAGAUGGCUUGGCAAACCUUCCUCUACUUAUUUAUUAAAUUGGUAUUUUAUUACAAGGAACUACGAUUCCAGUCUGGUGGAGACUUUCUUACAGAAAAAAAACCCUUCUCAAAAGUUGCACAUUCCUCUAGUGAAGUCAUUUCCCUUUUAAGACAAUGGAUAUCUAGACCAGAUUUUUCAUUAAAAAGAUGCUUUCUGGCCCUAUUCCCAGUCCUUUAGCAGUUAAAAAUUCUAAAAAAUGAAACGUAUAAGGUGUAAACUCCCUGUGAACUCCCAGUUCCAUCAUGAAAUAACGCUUGGCAUUUCUUGGGAGUAUGUCAUUAUUGGCCUCAUUUCCCCUAUGUAUUGACUAUGCAUCAGGUCAAUUGUACUGCUUAAGUAGCGGUUUCUUUAUUAAGUAAUUUAUAAAGAGGAAAAAAAAACAAACGAUAAAAUAAUUGGAAAAAAAAAUAAAAAAAA